AUGUCAGGGUUGGAGACUAUUAAGCUCCUCCACUAUGGGAAGUGUAACGACAUUUUUUUGGCUAAGGAUUCCAAAGGGAACCAAUUUGCGCUUAAAAGGUUUUACAGGGAAGAACUUGAGAAACGGAAGGAAUACAUCAACAGAGACGGGAAACUGGUGAAGAAGGAUUGGUUUGAGGACUUUAAGAGGGCUUUGGAGGUCCAAAAAGUCUUAGAUAACGAGUCUUGCAUUAAAUUACAUGGUAUUUUUGGGAUUGAUUUCAGUCCAGAAAAGCCAACUUUCGAGGAUGAAAUUGACUUGGUAUUUGAAUACGCUGAAUUUGGAAGCCUAAUGAGUCUUGAAAGUUUCCAGGAAGAGGUUCCAAACUUCCCCAAAGAAGUUAUAAAAUGUAUUACAAAGGACGUUUUAAAUGCUCUUCUCUACCGUGACUUUGGGGAAUCUGAAUUUAUGACCGAGGAUGGAAAGGUCAAAGGUUCCAGAGGGACUUAUUACUUUCUGGCUCCCGAAGUUUUAGAGAUAAACUCAAGUACACUUUCUAUCCCAGAUAGUUUUGAAAUAGUAGAAUUAUGGAUUAUAGAUGAGAAUGAUGGGAAUGCUAUUGAUAUGUGGGCGUUAGGAAUAACAUUGUGGAUUUUGUAUUUUAGAAAUUUCCCCUUUUACGGGAACUCAGGGUCAAUCUACGAAACAAUCACAAAUAUUCAAAACUUCAACUUUAAAACUCAAAUACAAACUCUAAAACCAAACAACUCCCAUGAAAAGUUGGAAGAUGAGGACGAGUUUGUAGAUUUGCUAGAAAAGAUUUUGGAAAAGGAUCCGAAAAAAAGAAUUAAACCAAAAGAAGCUUUAAAUCACAACUGGUUGAGAAAUGUGGAUUAUGAGGCAGCCAGAGAAUAUUGCAGAAGAAACAUUAAGAAAUAA